UGGACACGGAGCCAGAGAGCGGUGGUGCCCUGUGUAACGUAUGAGGCUAAAAUCCCCCCUUCUCACCUUCAUGAUCCUCCUCCCCUGUCCCGGGACUCACCACCGUUCCUCUUUCUCAUAGGGCUUCUAUUCAUGCCAAGGCAAGUACUGUUGUCACUGUUCCUAACCUCAUUUCUUCCAGGUUUCCUAAACAUUCUUUUGCUCAUUUCUCUCUUGUUAAAGCACUUGUGCCAUAAAUAAAGAUUAUAACAGCCAACAACAAGGACUGGAAAAAGUAAGGUUAUUUCUCUGCUGCAGUUAAGGGGGUCUUGCAAGUAUGACAUCCGGUGAAACACCCGAACUUCAUAAGCAAUUACAUGAGGAGAAUAUUGAGGAUUUGCAGCCACCAUCGAUCCUUGCUAUGCCAGCAACAACUUCUGCGGGCUUUAGCAAUGGCCAGGGCACCAAGUUGGCCGUGGAGAGCACAGGACAAGGACCUUCAACCUCUGAUGGUUCAAGCAGGGGUUGCAUGCACUACAUCCAACCUUUGACUAGAGGAUUUUCACAGAAAUCUUUGAGAAAAAUCACUAUUUUCUCAGUACCAGGCUCUGAGGCCAAGGUUGUGCCACUGGUGGUGAAUGAUCAGAUUGGUGGCCGCAAAGUUAUCACCUUCAAUCCAAUGAUACCAAAGAGCAAGGGCAAUAGUAGUGGGAGUAUGAUGCUCAGCAGCCCCAGUCAGGCUUUACCCCUGAUAUCUCACUUUCAGAAUGGGCAUCUCAUUCCUCUUCCUAAAAACGUUAAUUCUACUGGAGAAAAUCUUGCAAGUACUAUGAUCACCACCACCACCACACCACCACCACUGCCAAGCACUCUCCUUUAGCCCCCGAAACACCAGAUAAGUGCUUGAGAGCAGAGGAAACUAUGCAUGGGGAGGGGAUGUCAAGGUCUUCAGCUGAUAAACCAGUGGCUGAGCAGGGAAAGCCUUCUUGUCAACAAUCAGACAUCCCUCCGCCUCAGAGUUGAACCAUCACAGAAAACGAAUGUAGAUCAAGCAGACCAGGGAGUUGAAUUGAUUAAAACACCACAACAGAAACCCAUAAGGAAGAGACAUAGGCCUAAGGUCAUUCGAGAAGAUAAGCCCGGCAAAGCCCUCAAAUUGGCGACCCCCGUGGCACUGACUCCGGAACCAGACAGAAAUGUAAAGAAUCGUGUCAAGAGAAAGUAUACACGUAAGAAGCUAAACGUGCAAGGCUCAGAUACCCCUUUCAAUGGCAGUGCAUGAAAUCACUGGUCAAAAUUGUUCUAUAACACCUGAGAAGAGUCUUGAUCAGAAUUAUAAAGAUUCGACCACUUGUGUUAAAAGGAAAUAUGUGCGCAAAAAGAUAUUGCAGAAUGAUGAAGAUUUUUCAUCAGAUAUGGCAAGUGAAAAAAUUGGUCAGCACAAUAUGAAUUUGACUGCUAAAACUCCAGAAAAAAAUGAAGGGCUGGGACAAGCUAAGAGGAAAUAUGUUCGCAAGAAGAAAUGCUCAGAUGGUUCAGAAAUUCCAGCAGAGGCAAGUGGAACAGGGAAUCUUUGUAUUUCCAAUGAUUCAAAGGAACCUCACAUAACUAGAUCGGCCAGGAGGUGUCUGAAUUUUAAUUUGGAGGGUCAAACUCAAACAAGUUGCAUUGUUUCGGUGAUAAACCAGGGAAAAUCUCAAGGACAGGAGCCAACAUGCAUUAAAACUAAUUCCGAAUCAACUGUGCAAUUUGACCCUGGUUUCAAAGUGGUGGUAGAGAACACACCAGCAGGAGCGGCAUAUGAUUUAAACUGCUCCUUAAAUAAAAUGCUGGAAGAGUACAUUGAAUUACCAGAAAAAACAACCUCAAAUGUCGCAAAUGGUAUUGGAGAAAAAUCUGUGGAAAGUUCAGAAGAUGUUGUCAAAGAGAGUGAGGAAUUAAGUUGCACACCAGACAAAGAUAAUGUCCUGCAAUUAGAAUUGCAAGAUGCUGAAAUUCAAGAUGGUGAAAACAUCAUCCCAGAAGUUUGCUUGAAAGAAAAUGUAAUAGAGAUGAAAGUGGCAAAGAGGGGGCCUGCUAAUGAUAUUCAAUAUCAUUGCCCACUUUUCCCUAUAAUACACAAGAAGAGGAGGACAGGUCAGAAAGAUCAAAAGGCUAUUUCUGCACGAACAUAUCCCCGUUUCCAAUUGUACACAAUAGCGAAUUUAGCACAGUUGAUGACUGUGGAGAAAUCACAGGACAAAGGGUGCAUCCUUAGAUUUGAUCAAAUAGAAGUGACAACAAAAAAGAGGUCUAAGAUGCCAACCCGAGCCCGAAACUCAUACUCCUUGGCAGCACUUGCAGAAACCUUGUCUACAGCCACCUGCCUGAAGAAGAGAUCAAAGAGGUCAGCUGUCAGAACUCUCCAAGAGAAGAAUUUGCAUCAUAUUGAAAUCAGUUACAUCUAUGACUCUCAUAGUUGCGGUAAAUAUCAGAAAUCACUUUGUUCCAACUUAAUGUCUCAGGCAAUGGUACCAUAUGUGGAUCCUGUGGAAGAUAUUGUUGAAAAGCUCAAAUAUUUGGAUAUAAAUAGGGAAUUUAAAGAACAGGAUGCUCUUACUCUUUGUGCUGGAGGAGGUAUUAUAGUCCCAAUAAGUGGACCAUUUGAACUUGCUCCGACACUACGACCUCGUCCCAAGGUUGAUCUGGAUUCGGAGUCAGAAAGGGUUUGGAAUCUUUUAAUGGGAAAGGAAGGAAAAGAUGAACCUGACAUACUGAAUAAGAAUAAAGAUAAGUGGUGGGCAGAUGAGAGACGGGUUUUCCAUGGACGUGUUGAUUCAUUCAUUGCACGGAUGCAUCUAGUACAAGGGGAUAGACGCUUUUCUCAAUGGAAAGGAUCAGUGGUUGACUCUGUGGUUGGUGUCUUCCUUACACAGAAUGUUUCAGACCAUCUUUCAAGUUCUGCAUUCAUGGCUCUUGCCGCAAGGUUUCCUUUUCAAUCAGAAAACAAGGUGUCGGAACUUAAUGCAGAAAGUUGGUGUAAAUCAAUUAUUCAACAAGAUAAAUGCGUCCAACCCUUUGAUUACAUGACGCAGCAUGGCAAGAUGUCAAUUCCAGAGGUGUCCAACCAAAUUUCGAUUCAAAUCCAAGAAGCUAACCAUAUGGAAGAAAAAAUGGCCAAUGGUGAGAAAUCAGUAAGAAACAAUAGUGAAGGUGAAAUGGUAGACUUGCAUCCAUAUGAAAAGGAUAUAGAAGUAGGUAAUAAUAUUCCAGAUGAGAAAACAGGUACAACAGAGAUUAUAGCAGAUGGUAAUAGUUUGGCAAAAGAUGAGGAUAGGUAUCCAAUGCCCUCCCACAACCAAGUUCCUUCAAGCUCUGAUCCAAAUUCACAGCCAGAACUGAUGAUUGGAAGCAGGUGCUGUUGUUUGGAAAACUUCUCAUUCAUGGAGCUUUUACACAUUCAAGAUACGACAGAAAUCUGCAGACAUUGCAUGCACAACAAUAAGAGUGUUCCAUCAACAGAGAAUUGCCGUCAAAUUUAUGGACAAGCACAGAAUGAGACUAUACCAACAUUGGACGAAGUUGAUGGUCCCAAAUGGGCAUGGACGCCCAAGCAUAAGCCUAAUAUCGAUCCUGACCAUAACUGUAUGGGCAUGCCGUGCACUUCUUCUAUGUUAUGUGACCUAGGAACAUUAUCAGAAUGUGGGAAAGAAAACAAAUCUCAUUUCUCAUCUGAUGAUGAUGUGUUUGAUGGUCCGAAAUUCAUGGGCACAAAAGAGAAACUCUGUGGUCACCCAACAGAGUAUAGUAUUGAAGCAACAGUGGACAUGCAGAAAAAAAGGGUAGCUGAUUUGAGACUGGAGAGUCAACAUGCAGUUGAAGUGCCACAUACUAUUAAAGAACAGCAGAAUGAAAUGCAUAAAACAUGUGCUAAUUCAUGCAAUAACCCUAUGAUGCAGAAGUCGGAGGUUGAGAAGAAAGCAGAUGUAUAUUUAACAGAUGAAAGCCACAGUUCUGAAAAGGUCCCUCUUGAAACAUCAGAUAAUUCAUCAAAUGUUGAGAAGGGAGUACAAUCAGAUUCAAAAGAUGGAAACGACAGUUCUCAGCAGGUCCCACUUGAAACAGAAAACAAGGCAUCAAGAGGAAAGAAAGCAAAAUUUGUAAAAAACACUAACAAGACUUUUGACUGGGAUAGGUUACGAAAGCAGGUAUCCAGCAAUAAGAAGGAGAGAGAGAGAGCGAGCAAUACCAUGGAUACACUGGAUUGGGAAUCAGUGAGGUGUGCAGAUGUAAAUGAAAUUUCACAAACUAUUCGAGGACGAGGAAUGAACAAUGUGCUUGCAGGAAGAAUACAGGAAUUUCUCAACAGACUUGUUGGGGAGCAUGGAAGCAUUGACCUUGAAUGGUUAAGGGAUAUUGAACCAGAUGAAGCAAAGAACUACCUCCUAAGCAUUCGAGGAUUGGGACUUAAAAGCGUUGAAUGUGUUCGCCUUCUGACACUUCACCAUUUAGCUUUCCCGGUUGAUACAAAUGUUGGCCGCAUAUGUGUAAGACUUGGCUGGGUGCCAUUACAACCAUUGCCUGAGUCUCUCCAGUUGCACCUUUUAGAACUGUAUCCUGUCUUGGAGACUAUCCAGAAAUAUCUUUGGCCUCGUUUAUGUACACUUGAUCAACGUACUCUGUAUGAGCUACAUUACCAAAUGAUUACCUUUGGGAAGGUCUUCUGUACAAAAAGCAAGCCAAACUGCAAUUCAUGUCCAAUGAGAGGAGAAUGCAAGCACUUUGCAAGUGCCUUUGCUAGUGCAAGGCUAGCACUUCCAGCGGGUGAGGAGAAAAGCUUGGUGAGCUCGGAGAUACCUACUGCUUCUGAAAUUGACCAGUGUCUUGUUUUAAAUUCAAGGCUUCUUCCUCACCUUGAAGGUGGCCAAUCCUUGCAACAAGAGACCACAUUAAACAGUUGUGAGCCUAUUGUUGAAGAGCCACUGACACCAGAACCUGAAAGCAGUGAAACAUUAGAAAGUGAAAUUGAAGAUGCCUUUUAUGAAGAUCCUGAUGAAAUUCCAACUAUCAAGCUCAACUUAAAAGAGUUCGCCCAAAAUUUACGGGAUGUCAUGCGGGCAAACGAUUUGGAUCUUCGAGAUAACGAGCUAUCAAAGGCCUUAGUCACAAUAAGUCCAGAUGCAGCUUCUAUUCCCAUGCCCAAGCUAAAGAAUGUUAGUCGCCUAAGAACAGAACAUCAAGUCUAUGAACUUCCAGACUCGCACCCACUCUUAGAAGAGGUGGACCAAAGAGAGCAUGAUGAUCCUAGUCCUUAUCUACUUGCCAUAUGGGCUCCAGGUGAAACUGCAGAAUCUACACAACCACCUGAAAUAUGCUGCAACUCUCAAGACACGGGUGAACUGUGCAAUAAGGAGGUUUGCUUUGCUUGCAAUAGCAUACGAGAAGCAAGGACUCAGACUGUCAGAGCCACUCUUCUGAUACCAUGCCGGACGGCCAUGAGAGGAAGCUUUCCACUAAAUGGGACAUAUUUUCAGGUCAAUGAGGUUUUUGCUGACCAUGCUUCCAGCUGCAACCCCAUCAAUGUUCCUAGAGGAUGGAUAUGGAACUUGCCUAGGCGAACCGUCUAUUUUGGAACAUCUGUUACAACAAUAUUUAAGGGCCUAAGGACAGAGGAGAUACAGCAAUGCUUUUGGAAAGGCUUUGUUUGUGUUAGAGGGUUUGACAGAAAAUCAAGAGCGCCAAGACCACUCUAUGCAAGAUUGCACUUUCCGCCGAGUAAGGUAGUUCGGAAGGGAAAGAAACCAGUUAAUGAAGAAUGAAGCUGGAUUUGCACUGAUAAUAAGUGUUGUUGGAAUUCAUCUGCCUUGCAGAAAUGAGCCCAGUGGCGGGAUGUAUGCACUAUGUAAUAUGUGCGUGUAAUGUGUAUGUAUGUAGACUUCAUCAUAUAAGAUGGAGAAGUUGCUUGCAUGGCCUUAUUUCGGCGUUCCUGCCUGCCAUUGUCCAUGGCUUAUUUUUCAGUUUGGCAUUUACAAUCAAUGACUUGUGGGAAGUUGAGGCUUAGGGAUAUGGGUGGAUUAUGAUGAUGUUUGAAUGGAAUAUGGGGUUAUUAUUUC